AUGGCAUCGCAAGGGAGCUUUUGGCUCAAUCCUCUGGUUUCUGCAUCCAUGAGGCCCUUGGUGUCGCUAUGGGCCACUUGCACAUUGCUCGUAGGUGAUGUCAUUAUCUUUGCCCUGGUAGAAGACUUUGACAUCCCUUUCGCACAAGCCGCGAUCUUCGCUGCUGAGCUUCCACGCGUACGUGAUUGCGAUAAUGGGCCCAGCAACAGCUGCAAGAACCCCUUCGUAGCAAUGACGGCCUGGCGAUACGCGAGCAACAACUUGCGACGUGCCGUGGCCAACCUGCCAGAAUCCGAAAGGCAGAUGCACAGAAGCACCAUUGCACUCAUUGCGCAGAUUUCUGCAGAGAUCGAGACCUUCUUCAAAGAGCCGACGGCCGAGACCAUGAUGAUCGCUGUGGGGAAUGCUCGACAAGUCUUCGAUGCUCUGAGAGAUUGGAUGACGCACUCACCGCCGACGCGGAUGCAGCUAGACGGCGAGGCUGUCAGAGUAGGCCUCCCAUUUCUGUACGGGGGUCGGUCCCUGCGACUUCCUUCCCAUCCUCAGGCGCAGCCUGGAGAUGCAGAGGUCCGGCUGGCCAAUGGGGUGGAAAUGCCAGUGCUGGGCUUUGGAACAUGGCAGCUGAUUGGCCAGCAAUGCUUCGAGGCCACUCUGCAUGCACUGAAGAUCGGCUACAGACAUGUGGAUACCGCGCAAUCCUAUGGCAACGAAGCCGAAGUCGGACGAGCCGUUGCUGCAGCCGGCUUACCCAGGCAUGAACUUUUCCUUGUUACGAAGUUAAGCAACCCGGAGGAGUACACUGCUUUACGGGCUCGCUUCGAAGCUCAGCUUCGGGAGCUUCGCACUGAUUAUCUAGACUUGUACAUGCUGCAUUCGCCUGGGCCUGGAGCUUCAUCGGAAGCCACACGUGCAGCCUGGCAAAGCAUGGAGCAGCUGUACCACGAAGGGCGCAUACGUGCGCUUGGUGUUUCCAACUUUGGCCCAGAGGAGUUGGAGAGUCUGUUGAGCUUCGCUACCGUACCACCUGUUUAUGUGCAGAACAAGUUCUCGGUGUAUACACCUGGUGAGCAGCGAGUCAACCAUGAUGUUUCCAUCAUGAGCUACUUGAAGGACAAAAACAUUGUGAUGAUGGGAUAUUCGGUGAUCAACCCUUGGCCGGGGGUGAUCCCACCUUUGCAAGAUCCGCAUGUCACGGCCAUGGCUGCUAGAAAACAGAAGACGCCUUCACAGGUCCUUCAUCGCUGGGCGCUGCAGCUUGGCGCGGGCGUCAUCCCGAAGUCGGCCAGUGCUGCAAGAAUCGAGGAGAAUGCGCGGCUGUUCGAUUUCAGUCUCAGUGACACGGAGAUGCGGCUCCUCAGCGGGAUGGUCACGCUGGUUGAAAGUACAGUCUCCAACAUCGUGCCAAAGUGGGUGGAGGACUCCUUCAGCCUCGGAGUUGGAGUCUGA